CCUCACAUCUGCUAGCAGUUGGAUGCUCCCUCUUACACACAUCUUCCUCCUCUCCCUGUCACCUUCUUUUUUACGUCACAAGUUGGCACCUAUGCCCCGGACCAAACACCAUUUUAGUACGAUCGAAGCAACCUUCUCCUUCGUCAUCUCACCGAAGCAAACACCAAGUCUUUUUCUUCAUCUUCCUCUCUCAUCCGUCCGUUCCUCUUGCACAGAUGCACCGAUAGCUUGCCAAUAAUUUCUCUUCUUCUCUUGCAACCACCUACCUACCCUUUGCUUUGUUGGCUAGUAACUACCGAACUCGGAUCGUCGGCCUCCUCCUUGCUUGAAGUCUUCUUCUUCUCCUUCCCUCCUCUUGUUGACGGGGAGAGGAGGAAGGCGGUGGCUGGUCGGUCGGGCGGCAAUGGGUGGGCGCGUGACGUGGCUUGCCGGCCUUGUGGCCGUGCCGUUCUUGAUCGUGGCGGUGAGCGGCCGGUUCGUGGUGGAGAAGAGCAGCGUGAGGGUGCUGGGGCCGGAGCACAUCCGGGGCCACCACGAUGCGGCCAUCGGCAACUUCGGCGUGCCCGACUACGGCGGCACGCUCACCGGCGUCGUGCUCUACCCGGACAAGAAGGCCACCGGCUGCGUCGAGUUCGACACCAAGUUCAAGUCCAAGUCCCGCCGCCCAGUCAUCCUCCUACUUGACCGUGGAGAAUGCUACUUCGCGCUCAAGUCGUGGAACGCGCAGCGCGCGGGCGCGGCGGCGGUGCUGAUCGCGGACAACGUCGACGAGCAGCUGCUGACGAUGGACAGCCCCGAGGCGUCGCCGGGCACCGAGUACAUCGACAAGAUCAACAUCCCGUCGGCGCUGGUGAACCGCGCGUUCGGCGUGUCCCUCAAGAAGAUGGUCCAGGAGACGGCCGCCGACGGCGGGCAGGAGGAGGUGAUCGUGAAGCUGGACUGGCGCGAGUCGAUGCCGCACCCGGACGAGCGGGUGGAGUACGAGCUGUGGACCAACAGCAACGACGAGUGCGGGCCCCGGUGCGACGAGCAGAUGGCGUUCGUGCGCGGGUUCCGCGGCCACGCGCAGCUCCUGGAGCGCGGCGGAUACGCGCGGUUCACGCCGCACUACAUCACCUGGUACUGCCCCGAGGCGUUCCGGCUCACGCAGCAGUGCAAGUCCCAGUGCAUCAACCACGGAAGGUACUGCGCGCCGGACCCCGAGCAGGACUUCGGGGCGGGGUACGAGGGGAAGGACGUGGUGGUGGAGAACCUGCGGCAGCUGUGCGUGCACCGCGUCGCCAACGAGAGCGGGCACCCCUGGACGUGGUGGGACUACGUCAUGGACUACAAGAUCCGCUGCUCCAUGAAGGAGAAGAAGUACAGCAAGGCGUGCGCCGAGGACGUCGUCACCGCGCUCGGGUUGUCUCUCAACAAGGUGCUGGAGUGCAUGGGCGAUCCCGAGGCCGACGCCGACAACGCCGUCUUGUCCAAGGAGCAGGAAGACCAGAUCGGUACCGGGUCGAGAGGAGAUGUGACCAUCUUGCCUACCCUGGUCAUCAACAAUGUUCAGUACAGAGGGAAACUAGAGCGGACGGCGGUGCUGAAGGCCGUGUGCGCCGGCUUCAAGGAGGGGACCGAACCCCGCGUCUGCCUGAGCCCUGACAUCGAGACGAACGAGUGCCUGCGCAGGAACGGCGGGUGCUGGCGAGACGAAGCCACGAACGUGACCGCCUGCCGGGACACGUACAGGGGCCGGGUGUGCGAAUGCCCCGUGGCGAACGGCGUCCGCUACGAGGGCGACGGCUACGCCGAUUGCAAAGCGGUUGGGCCGGGCAGGUGCGCUCUGAACAACGGCGGGUGCUGGUCGGAGACGAGAGGGCACCAGACCUUCUCCGCCUGCUCGGAAACCGCAUUGACCGGGUGCCGGUGCCCGCCAGGGUUCCAAGGCGACGGCCACAAAUGCCAAGAUCUGGACGAGUGCAAGGAGAAGCUGGCGUGCACCUGCCCCGACUGCCACUGCAAGAACACGUGGGGCAACUACGAGUGCAAGUGCAAGGGCAACCAGCUUUACAUACGAGGAGAGGACGUGUGCAUAGCUAACAACAUGUCGAAGCUGGGCUGGUUCAUCACCAUCUUGGCCGUGUCGUGCGUCGCAGGCGUGGGGAUCGCCGGCUACGUCUUCUACAAGUACAGGCUCAGGUCGUACAUGGACUCGGAGAUCAUGUCCAUCAUGUCCCAGUACAUGCCGCUCGACAGCCAGAACAACGAGAACCAGCCUCUUCGCCAGCAUGACUCGGAAGCUUUAAGGCACUAAAAUGGUAGCCGUGUGACAUUUGCAAGAAGAGCUUGGACAGUGAAGCCUCGGUUUCCUCCAAAGAUGAGCAAGGAGUUGCCAGGCAUCAAACUGCACUCAUGAUUUCAACCAUAUUCAACGAAUACUUUGCUGCGAUUCCGAUGAUUUUCACUUCACUUUUGUAUAGUAAAAAGGAUAAUGGUUUGUACCAGGCAGCAGGCACAGAAAUGAGCUCUAGAGGUUUAGCUAGGUAGGCACUUCGGCUCUCUUGUGGUUCAAGAGACGUCACACACGGAGCAUUUAGAAAAAGGAAAAUACAAGCUGGUAUACAUGUACAGUAGACAAACCGUACUGAGACUACGAUUAUAGCGUGUGAAAGAGUUCCAUCAUAUGAUUAUAAUGUCCUACGAUUCUAGUGUGUGAAUGGGUAACUUCGAACUGUUAGCAUUCA